AUGCAGCGUCAUGUAGUUUUCAUGAAGAUUUUGGCCGAAAAAUCAAAAUUCGAGCCCUCUAACUUUGAUGUUGUUCCACUGAUUGUUGAACUGGUGUGUAUUGGUAAGUAAAUUACUAUUUUUCUUGCGAUUUUAGGUAUCACCUAUCUUAUAGUAGGUGUGAAGCUACUUUUGAAGACGUUUUGAAAAAAAACCUUUGCAUAACCUUAACAAUCAUAAAAUACCUUUAAAUCUUUUCAGUAAUGGCAGUGGUAUCGUUCGGAAUCUUCGAACUUCUGUAUCGUCAAGGCAUUUUCUUCAAGGAGGAUUCGGAAGGCCCGACCAAGAUUCACAUGCAGCAUUUGCAAGAAUACAAGAAGCAAGAAGAUAAGUUUUUGUCCGAAGGCGGUCAAGCCAAUCCAGUCCGGCAGCGUGAACGAAAAGUUGAAGUCAAAACCAAAACUGAAGCCGUUGCAGUUCAAUAA